AUGCGCCAUUUUAACACCGACUCGAGUCAUCCGGCAAGAUGGCGCUCUUGCUUUGUCUCCUGCGCUGAAGUUAAAGCAGGCAGCAGCCCGUUUUAAACCGGGCAGAGAGGCGGAUCUGCGGGCGGGGGAGUAGCGGGUUCGGCGGGUAGAGACGGAUCUCCGGUGGUGUUUGCAGCAGAUCCAGUAAGCUAAAUACAUUGGUGACUAAACUUCAUGAGUUCCUGGAUCAUUCUCCAGAGGAGGAAACUGCUGCACCCCAAUUUGAUGAAAUCUCUUGUGGUAAAAUGGCUUCAAAUGACUCAACCACCAAUGACCAAAUUAUGGAAAAGCCUGGCUGCUCCACUGAAGUUCUGAAGGCCACUUCUCGCUCAAAGAGGAAACCUGCUGUUGUGACCAAACAUGUGGAGGUUCAUGAGUCAGACUCUCCGAGUGAGAGUGAGCAGGCCUGCCCUGUAGAUGAUUCUAAUGCUAAUGCUAAUGCUAAUGAUGAAACCUUUGACAUGGAUGGAUUACCAGAAGACACUGUGGUAGUAGAGCCAGAACCUGUCAGUAAUGAAGGAAAAGAUGACUUCAAGGGUCCAGAGUUUCGGAACAGAGGGAGUAAAGUUAAAGAUGAGGUUCCACGGAGGCAGCCUGAUGAAAAGCUUCAGGAGAUUGUUAAUUGCACUGCAUGUGGGAAGCAAGUCAAUCAUUUUCACAAAGACUCUGUUCAUCAGCAUCCUGCACUUAAAGUCCUAAUCUGCAAGUCGUGUUUCAGGUAUUAUAUGAGUGAUGAUAUCAGUAAGGAUGAAGAUGGAAUGGAUGAACAGUGCAGAUGGUGUGCUGAGGGAGGAAACCUCAUGUGUUGUGACUACUGCAGCAACGCCUUCUGCAAGAAAUGCAUCCUGCGCAACCUCGGGAGGAAGGAGCUCUCUGGAAUCAUGAACGAAGAUAGCAAGUGGCAUUGCUACGUGUGCAGCCCAGAGCCUCUAAACGACAUUGUCGCAGCAUGCGAGAAGAUUCUCCAGAACUUAGAAUGUAAGAAAAAAGCCAAGGUGGACGGUGAGAAACCGAAGCGAGAGAGUUCAAAGCACAAGCCUCCGAAAACUAAAAUCACGGCCGUGAACGGAAAGGACGUUACUAAUUCCGAUGGCUCGGGGACUCUUACCUUUUCCUACAAAAUGUUGGCUGUUCCAAAAGAACUCGUCAAAAAGACUAAGAAACUGAUCGAGACGACAAACGGCUUGAACAGCACGUUCGUGCAGUUCGUUCAACAGGCCCCAAGCCAGCCUGGAGACAAUAUCGUCAGAUACAAGCAUUUGAAAGUGUUCAAAUCUGUGUUAGCCGACCUAAAAAAGGUUCACGCAGCUCUGGACGAAUCGCUGGAGGUCGAGUUUCGAGACCUUCAGGUCCAGAACGGAGAAGAGCGUGGGUCGACAGACGUUCAAAACGUAGACAACGCGGCGGUCCCCAACUCGCAGCAUGUUGAGCAGAGUAGUAGGGAAAAAGAAGAGGGUGUAGAUAGCACUGUGGAUCACGUUCCAGUGGUUCCAGAGGAGGACAUGGACGGAGAAGACGUGGGUUCAGCUGAUGUAGAAAUGAGCGAAAGUCCUCCGCCUGUAGCGGAGACCACAGAAAAAGAGUCAAAAGAAAGCGAAGCCAAAGCGAAGGUCGUCAAAUGUGAGGUUGAGCCGGAUCGUGAGGACGGGUCCACAGUAGCUGGUGAAACCUCUCUAGACAAAGACAUUGUGUCCGUACCACCGUCUGUCCCUGAAGAACUCUUCGAAAUGGUUGAGAGUCUUGCAGAUUGUGUGAAAAAAGAGGAUGAGGGGAACAGUGUUGCUGAUGCUGAUGACUGUAAGGGAGAUAACGGCUCUGUUUCUAAUGACAACUCUGAGGAGUCUGGUAAAGAAUCUGGCCGUUUGCGUAAAAAACUGGUUGUGAAGCUUACUCCCGUUCCUCUUAAAAUCACGAUUAAAAGAGACAAAGGCAAAAGCACAUCAAAAUCUGAAAAGGAUGAAAAGGAUGGUGCUGCUUCACCAGAGGAAGGUGCAGACAGCAGGAGAUCCCCCAGGAUGAAGACCACUCCACUGCGCAAGUCGUCUGAGGGAAGAAGCAAGAGCAAGUCUGGUGCUUCAAAGACUAAGACCAAGAACAAAGAUGGCGAUGGCGAUGGUGCUGCUGGUGGUGGUGAUAAAGACAAUGAUGAAGACAAUGCCGAUCAUAAGACUGAUAAAAAAGAGAGUGAUAAAAAUGAGGAUAAUGAGAAAAACGAGGAGAAUAGUCCAGACCUUCCACCUUCCAGUCCCGUCGACUCAGACUCCGAUGAAGUUCCCGAGGUCCUUCGCCAGACAGAAGCGAUGGAGGCCAGCUCAGACGAACAGAAAGCCGAGCCCAACGGCAAGGUUUCAGGCGACGGCGACGAAAAGAGAAGGUCGCUUCGCCAAACGUCCACAAAGACGACAGCAAAACGCAAACUCAUGAAAAGCUCGUCGGAUUCAGAUCAGGCUGCUGGAAACUCCUCCAAAUCCAAGAAAAAAGCCGCCAAAAAGAAGAAGGGGAAGGAAUCGGACUCUUCGAACCACGACUCGGACCUCGAGAAGGAGAUGAAGCGUCUGAGCAAGCUCGGCACCAACAGGAGGUCGUCCAGAGGAGGCAAGAAGAAGGAAGACGAGGGAAAGAAGAAGAAGAAGGAGGAUGAGGAUGAUGAGGAGGAUGAGGGGGAGAAGAAGAGUGAAGAGAAGAGCCAGGAGACUGAGGGGAAGAAAGAGGGUAAGAAAGGUCCAAAGAGGUUGUUUGAGAAGAAACGUAGGUCUCAGAGGAAUAAAGGGAAUGCUACGAAAGAUUCGUCCUCUGAUGAGGAAGAGGAGGAGCAGGCUGCCGACUCUGGAGAGGAGAGUGGCGAUCGGCAGAAGAUGAAACCUAUUGUAGAUUCUGUCGUGACCGGCAUCGACUCCUUCCGUCAGUCCUCAGGAGAUGAAGCUGAGACCAAGGAUGAGCCCAGUCAAGUGGUUGACGAUGACGAUGACCCUGAAAAUAGAAUUGCUAAGAAGAUGCUGCUAGCUCAAAUCAAAGCCAAUUACUCAUCUGGGGAUCCCACAUCCUCAGAAGAUGAAGAUGGCAAAAAGGAGGAUGAGAAGUCUUCAAAAGUGAAGGAUGAGGAGGAUGGAGAGAAAGAAGAUGAAGAUGAGGAUGAGGAGGAGACGUCGGACUCUGCUUCGGACGCGGACGUGAAGAAAAACGGUCGCCGGCAUCGUUUACUCCGCAAGAAGCUUUCUCUCAGCGAGGGAGAGUCUGAUGAAGAAAAACCAGCCAAGGCUAAAAAGGAGGGGAAAAGGAAAGGAAGACAGAAGGUGGGGAGUGAUGAUACUGACGAUUCUGACUUUAAGCGUUCAGAUUCAGAAUCUGGUAGCGAGUCGGCGCUUAGCGAGGCGGUGAGCGAGGACGAAGACGAGGGCAAGGGCAACAAGCGGAAAACUCGGUCUUCCAAAAAAGCUGACAAAGAAAGGAGUUACCAGAAAGAGAAGAAGAAAAAGCGACGCCGCAUUAAGGUUCAGGACUCCUCCUCUAGUGGCAAGAGUGGAGCUGAAGGGGAGGAUGAGGAGGGCGAUGAAGAUGACGACGACAAGGGAACUCCCAAGGGGCGCAAGAAGAUCCGCAAGAUCCUGAAGGACGACAAGCUGCGCUCUGAAACCCAGAACGCCCUGAAAGAGGAGGAGGAGAGGAGGAAGCGCAUCGCAGAGAGAGAGCAGCUCAGAGAGAAACUGCGAGAGACAAUCGUUGUGGAGGAAACGUCACAGGUCACGUGCCCCAUCACUACUAAACUGGUGCUGGAUGAGGACGAGGAGACCAAGGAGCCGCUCGUCCAGGUCCACCGGAACCUGGUAACCAAACUCAAGCCCCAUCAAGUGGAUGGUGUACAGUUCAUGUGGGACUGCUGUUGUGAAUCUGUGAGGAAGGUUCAGAAGUCCUCUGGUUCUGGAUGUAUUCUUGCACAUUGUAUGGGUCUGGGAAAAACCCUUCAGGUGGUGACUUUUCUACACACCUUGCUCCUCUGUGAGAAACUCAACUUCUCCACAGCUCUGGUGGUGUGUCCCCUCAACACCGUCCUCAACUGGCUCAACGAGUUUGAGAAGUGGCAGGAGGGCUUAAAGGAUGAGGAGAGUUUAGAGGUGACGGAGCUGGCCACUGUGAAGAGACCUCAGGAGAGAGCGUUCGCUCUGCAGCGAUGGCAGGAGGACGGCGGCGUCAUGAUCAUCGGUUACGAAAUGUACCGAAACCUGACGCAGGGCCGAAACAUCAAGAGCAAAAAGCUGAAAGAAACUUUCCAAAAGACGCUGGUCGACCCAGGCCCGGACUUUGUUAUUUGUGACGAGGGCCAUGUGUUGAAGAACGAAGCGUCAGCUGUGUCCAAAGCCAUGAACUCUAUUAAGACCCGGCGAAGAGUGGUGCUGACGGGAACGCCGCUUCAGAACAACCUGAUCGAGUAUCACUGCAUGGUGAACUUCAUUAAAGAGAACUUGCUGGGUUCAGUGAAGGAGUUCAGGAAUCGUUUCAUUAACCCCAUCCAGAACGGUCAGUGCGCUGACUCCACCAUGGUGGACGUACGCAUCAUGAAGAAACGAGCACAUAUCCUGUACGAGAUGUUGGCGGGAUGCGUUCAGAGGAGAGAUUACACUGCCCUGACUAAAUUCCUGCCCCCGAAGCACGAGUACGUGUUAUCAGUGCGGAUGACGCCUGUGCAGUGCAAGCUGUACCGAUACUAUCUGGAGCACUUUACAGGUGUCGGUUCUGCCUUGGAGGGGGGAAAAGGCCGCGCUGGGACCAAACUCUUCCAGGAUUUCCAAAUGCUCAGCAGAAUCUGGACCCAUCCUUGGUGUCUCCAGCUGGACUAUAUCAGUAAGGAAAACAAGGGGUACUUUGAUGAAGACAGCAUGGAGGAAUUUAUUGCAUCCGACACGGAGGAGUCCUCUAUGAGCCUCACCUCUGAGGAUGAAAAGCCCAAAAAGAAGAAGAAAAGAGGGAGAGGUAGAGGCCAGAGUUCAGAUAAAUCCGAUAGUGAUGAGGUGGAGGUGAUUAAGGAGUGGAACACCAGCACUCGGGGAGGAAACCCGGAAGGUCGUAAUAGAGCCGAACCUGUGGAGGAGGUUCGUCACAGUAACUCGGGCCCCGGCAGCCCCUCUCCGGACUGGUAUAAGGAGUUUGUGACUGAAGCAGAUGCUGAGGUGCUGGAGCACUCGGGAAAGAUAGUUCUCCUGUUUGAAAUUUUGCGGAUGGCUGAAGAAGUAGAGGAAAAAGUUUUGGUGUUCAGUCAGUCACUGAUUUCACUGGACCUCAUUGAGGACUUUCUGGAAUUGGCAGGAAGAGCCAAAGAGGAGGGAAAACCCUCUCCAUACAAAGGUGAGGGCAAGUGGUUCAGAAACAUCGACUACUACCGUCUGGACGGGUCCACUAACGCCCUGACCAGGAAGAAAUGGGCUGAGGAGUUCAACGACACCAACAAUGUUCGGGGUCGUCUGUUCCUCAUAUCCACAAGAGCCGGAUCUCUGGGGAUCAACCUGGUGGCGGCGAACAGGGUCAUUAUCUUCGAUGCCUCGUGGAACCCGUCGUACGACAUUCAGAGUAUUUUCAGGGUGUACCGCUUUGGCCAGGUGAAGACGGUGUUUGUCUACAGGUUUUUGGCUCAGGGAACCAUGGAGGACAAGAUUUACGACAGGCAGGUGACCAAACAGUCCUUGUCGUUCCGAGUGGUGGAUCAGCAGCAGAUCGAGCGCCACUUCACCAUGAACGAACUGACUGAACUCUACAGCUUUGAGCCUGACCAGCUGGACGACCCCUCGGAGAAGAAAAGCAAGAGGGCCACGCCCAUGUUGCCCAAGGACCCGUUUCUGGCUGAGCUUCUUCAUAGCUUUAAAGACCAGAUCGUGGGCUACCAUGAGCAUGAUUCCCUGCUGGACCACAAAGAGGAGGAGGCUUUGAGUGAGGAGGAGCGUAAGGCUGCCUGGGCGGAGUAUGAAGCAGAGAAAAAGGGUCUCUCCAUGCGCUUCAACCAGCCGGCGUACUCUCACAUGGGCAUAGGCGCACCGAAUUCCUACUUCCCCUUCAACGUGGCGGCGCUGGCCUCCAUGACCAACCAACAGCUGGAGGAGCUGAUAAACCAGGGCCGGCAGAAGGUGGUAGAGGCCACCAAUUCCCUGAAGGCUUUGCCCCGAGAGCCUCUGGAGGACGUUAUAGCGAAAGUGUGGAAGGAGAACCCCAAACUGACGGAGGCCCAGGUGCAGAGCAUGGCUCUGGGCAGACAGGCCAGCAUCGAGAUGGAGCUCAAGCACAGGGAGGCCGUGUACCGAGAAGUGCUCACCAAGCAGCAGACGCUGAUGAUGUACGUUCAGAAGGUGAUCGCUAACCGUAAGGUGCAGGAGCAGCAGAUGGCCAUCGCUCGUCAGGGUCUGCUGAUGAACCAGCUGGCCCUGCAGAACGGCAUCGCCGGGGGCAUGAGUCAGAUGGAGCUGUUGGGGUUGUACCAGCAGCUGGGUGCCCUCCAGGGUAUGCCAGGCUCCCAGAUGGGCAAGAACCCAGGUCCCUCAAAAGGCCUGUAGACGACCGACCUGCCCGAGAUCAGCCCUGUUUUUUGUCCGGUCUGGUCCGGCCUGGGCUGGGCUGACAUCACGAGAAAAAAACCUGCUCGGACCCUCUCUCCUGCCCCUCCAGCUGUAAUGUACAAAAGUCUGGAAUAAUGGAAAUCUGGAGGACAUUGUUACAAAGGGUCCUGGCAGUUUAGUUUGUAAUUCUGUGUAUAUAUAGCCUUAAUGUUAUUCAAGUUUUCUUCUUCUCCUUUUGUUUUUUUUGUUUUUUUCUUUUCUCACAUAUUUAAGAUAAUCUUCUCCCAAAUGCUUUUAAGCAUUGCAUUGUUCUUUUCCCCUUAAAUAAGGGCUGUGCAGUUGUUUCUUUUGUUCUUUUGUUUGUGUUUCCUUUUAUACAAGAGAAGAAGAUAAAAUACCUGAACCUCUGUGGGACCAUAGUGUUGCUCAUUACAGAUUUGUAUGUUAUAAAAGAUCUAGGAGAAUCUAUCUUAAUAGAUACUACAGUGAUAUCUAUCUAUCUACUAGUGGAAGAUCAGUGGUGCUGUAAAUCUCAGUGCUCCACAGGCACGCUCAACACCUAAAGAAAGAAACAAACACAAAAAAUAAUAAUAAAAAAAAAGAUGCAGUGAUGGCCUUACAUCAGCAAAAAUUUGUUUUCAGACACUCUGAGCAGACCCCCCUGUUUUUAUUACUGCUUUUAGGCUUUUACACUUGUUGUUGCUUAUCAUAUAAUGGAAUGCCUGUGUUGUUUAAAAACUGCUUGCCGGAUUCCCCUGGACUUUUGUAACCUCCGAUUUCUCGUCGUAAAGUGUUGCCUAGCAUAGUGUCGUAAGUACUGUUCAUCUGUUUCGUUCCACUCGUUUUAGCCCGGGCUCUCGCCUUACUGAGAUUGGUUGUGUGUUUCUGUAAUUUAAAGACGAAUUGAAAUGGUUAGGCUGCAGGUAUCUGGUAAUGCUAACUAACCACACUAGGCUGGCCCUCAAGCUACAUGUAUUAUUCUACUUUUGGCACAUUUCUGCUUCUGAUGCUUCAAAACGGCAUAGUCGUUUCUAAUUGGAGACUUCUUCAAGCUCCCUCGUUUGCACAGGGUGUAUUUCAGAAAUGUAGAGCUACUUUUCUCCCUCCCAAGAAUGUUCUCAUGUCAGCAAAUACACCACCAACUUGUUUUGCCAUUAAUCUGAUCUGCUAUUUACUAGAAUAAGUAUUUAAUAUUACAUUUAAAUAAAGUGACCAAAAGGGUGAUUUGCAUUUAA